AGCUUGGCGGCGCGGCGCCUGCGCGCGGCUCAUUUAUCGUCGCGGCGCGUCACGAAACCGCCUCGUUACUGCUGUAAGCGCUGCGAGCAGAAAAUUCCAUCAAUAGGGCUGCCCAUUUUUUGCACUGCGAGCGGCAGCAGCGGCGCAACUCCGGCGCGCAGACCACCAAUACUAUGGGCAGGACCCGAAGCAGGGGCCGCAAGCACCCGCGCCGGCGCAACUGCUCGGCGGCCUGCUGCCUGCUGCCCUUCACGCCUUUGUUGGGUUACUGGUACUGGUACUACCGCGGCCCGCACCGCCACCACAUCCACCAACAAAGACUCAGGGGCAUCACCGCGCACUCCCACCGCAACACGUCCGUGCUCUUCGAGCAGGACCAUACUUACCGUAGAAAGCCCUUCGCCGUCGCUACACUACUAACAACAGCACCUUCCGCAAAAAACGACGGCUGGACGCCUCGCAGCGUCGGCAAGAAAGAACAAGGAGACAUGUGUCCUAGAUCGAAGGCGGUCUGUGCGGUGUUGGUGCUGGCGGACUCGGUACGACGCUUGGGUGGGUUGGGUGACACCUAUGAUUUCGUCGCUCUUGUCGAUAGGGAGACGCCCCUACCAUUGUAUGAAUCACUGGUCAAACAUAACAUUGUCAUAGAGCAGAUGCUGUUCGGGCCGCAUAGACAUGUCUUCGACUCGUAUUUAUUGUUGCGGAAGUUAUAUAUCUUCAAGAUGGAUCAGUACCUUCGCGUGUUAUUGCUGGACAUCGAUGGUGUGGUAACUGGAAGUUUACGAUUUCUCUUCGAGGCACCUCUCCAAUGCGACAAGAAGCUCAUCGCCCCAUCCACCGACAGGUACGGCGCCUGUAACGUGGUAGACCACCAUAUCACGUGCCAGCAGGGCAACCAUGCGGAAUUAAUUGCGCAGCAGACGUCGGGCACUCCCGUAUUAACGGCUUAUUUGCUGGCCGUGCCCUCGAAAGAUACGUUCUACGACAUCGGCCAGGAACUAGACAAGCUGUGUGGUGGGCAUAGAGUUUGUGAUCGGAAACGGAUCCAUAGGGUGGGGUGGGGCGACCGAAGUCAACCGCAUAAUUGGGCCACACGAAAUAGUGAAGAGGAGCCGUCCUGGGCGUCGAUGGGCGCCGGUUUUAGUGAUCAGGGCUUCGUCGAGUACUUUUUUGGCCUGGAACGGCGGACCGCGAAGCUCGUGUCGAAGUGGAGCUGUCCUCGAAGACUACAUUAUUUACACUUCAACGUGCCCCCGAAGCCCUGGCAGUGCCCCGACUCGCCGAAAUGCGAUUCUGGUAUUGCCAUGUCCUGGGACGCGCCGAAGGAAACUAGAAGUUUUGGCGGCCACCACUGCGCCAAGGACUGGUGGUGGCAGUUUGCUGCGGCCCGCCCCCGGUUGAAACCAUUUGGAUGUGCGGCGCACUGCCUGCGGGCGUUGGAUGCGUCCUCGGAAAAGCUGAACAUGAACUGGCACGGCUACGCGUCCAUGCCGCGCUGCGACCACCUCUGGGAGGACCCCUAUUCCGCGGGAGGCGAUUAAUGUAAUACUAACACG